AUUUAAUUGAAAAAUAUCCUCACCUCUCUCUUCUUCUCAACCCCUUCAGAAAUCGGACGCUCUGCUCUCUCUCCGCCGUCUCAACUUACCACCGGCCGCCGUCUCUCUUCAUCCCCGGCAUUAUUCAGGUAUCGGUAUCUCCUGUUACUCAAGAAACCGAUCUCUUCACAGAAUCACAGCAACCACCAAAUGCAGAAUAAAGUGGUAAUGGCGGAAAGUGCUUGUAACAUUUUAUAGACCGUCCAUAUCAGAAUUUCACAAUUCCGUUUUCUUUUGGGUUCAAAUUCAAACUUUCUUGCGAAUUUAAUUUAUGAUGGUUGUGCAGAGGCUCUAGAGGUAUGGUUUGUGAAAUUCCUUUGUUAUCUUCAUCAAUCUCAAUCAAAUAUGCAUGAAGAAGGAAAGAGUUAACUCAAACACCAAGAUUGUGCAACCAUGGUUAUUUCCCAGCAGCCAAAGAAAAGAGUGGCAUUUGUGCUUAUCGAUGGGUUGGGUGAUGUCUCGAUACCAAAAUUUGGAUUCAAAACUCCUUUGCAAGUGGCCAAAGUUCCUAACUUGGAUGCAAUUGCCUCUGCUGGUGUUAAUGGUCUCAUGGACCCUGUCGAAGUAGGGUUGGGUUGUGGAAGUGACACAGCUCAUCUUUCUCUCCUGGGAUAUGACCCUAGAGUAUAUUAUAGAGGUAGAGGUGCAUUCGAGUCUAUGGGAGCCGGAUUGGCUAUGUCACCUGGAGACAUUGCAUUUAAGUCGAACUUUGCUACAUUGGACGAGAAGACGGGAAUAGUAAGCAGCAGGAGGGCUGAUAGACACUUUGAAGAGGAAGGGCCAAUAUUAUGUGCAGCACUUGACAGAAUGAAGAUACCAAGUUUCCCAGAGUAUGAAGUUAGAGUCAGGUAUGCCACAGAGCAUAGGUGUGGUGUGGUUGUGAAAGGACCAAAUUUGAGUGGAAAUAUUUCGGGAACAGACCCUUUGAAGGACAACCGCUUACUUUUGCAAGCAGAGGCUUUAGAUGAUUCUGAGGAAGCGAAGCUUACUGCAGCUGUUGUUAAUGAGUUAUCCAAGGAAAUAUCGCGAAUCCUAGUCUCUCAUCCAAUAAAUGCAAAGCGUGCAGCAGAAGGGAAAAACAUAGCCAACCUUGUUCUUUUACGAGGUUGUGGUAUUCGGAUCGAGGUUCCUCCAUUUGAGAAGAAACAUGGUUUAUGGCCAUGCAUGGUGGCACCCACUAAAAUUAUUGCUGGUCUGGGCUUAUCACUAGGAAUUGAUAUCCUAGAUGCUCCAGGAGCAACCGGAGAUUAUCGAACACGCUUAACCUCGAAAGCUACUGCAAUAGCAAAAGGCCUAUCAGCUCCUUUGCAUUCCUGUCCCAAUGUUUUUGUGCCAGGAGAAGAUGAACUCAAACCAGGUCGAGCAGAUGGUUAUGAUUUUGGGUUCCUUCACGUUAAGGCAAUAGAUGAUGCCGGACACGAUAAGGCAACGAUAUUCAAAGUUAAGGGAAUGGAAGCUGUUGAUAGAGCAAUAGGACAACUGGCAAAGCUUCUGUGGAAGGCAGAAUGUAGUGGGAAUUUCCAGUACUACCUAUGUGUGACAGGAGACCAUUCUACUCCAGUUGAGUAUGGAGAUCACAGUUUUGAGCCAGUUCCAUUUACAAUGUGUAGAUUGAAAGACUUAGUAGGCGCCGUGGGUGGGGAGUCGGUAAUUGAUGGCAUUUCUCUUGACCCGUUUCCGCUCCCGACAGUCGUACCAGGUGAGGACUUGGAGUGGCGAGAAAGCCAUAAGAUGGAAGAAGAGAGAAACCAAGAAUGUCAAGCUUUUGGUGGUGACUCAGUUUGUGAGUUUGAUGAGAUUUCUGCUGCCAAGGGAUGUCUUGGGCGCUUUCCUGGUGGAGAAAUGAUGGGUAUUAUUAAGAAAUUCCUCAAAUUGGAUGCAUGAAUUGCUUAUGUUUAAAUUGUUUUUAUUCGUCUCUUUUUCUUUUUCUUUUUCUUUUUUCUUUUUUUAAUUUUAGGACUUGCCAAUAAAAAUUUUGGAAGUGUUUGUUAGAAAAUAAAAGAAAUAAUAGUUUCACUUUUUUU